GAGAGAAAAAGUGGCAAAAAAAAAGAAGGAAAAAGACUCACUCUACAGUCUACUCUUCCUUCCUUCCUUCCUUCCCACCCCACUUUCUUUACCUAUAUUAUCCGCUUUGCUUCUUUACACAGAAAUCCAUAGCAGUGGCUUCACCUACAAUUAUGUAACUAUCAGAUGGGUAAAAUAGUAGUUUCGGUAUUUACACACAUACAGAGAACUAGUCACCUCUCUCUCUAUCUGCACAAGCCGCCUCAUAACUCAGUUGCUUCUCUGUCUUAGACUCGCUAGAGAGAAGCAGACAGUAGUCUACUGAAAAAGGUGUGGCUUUUUUUUUUAAUUUUUUUUCUUGAGACAGAAGAGAGGAGCCUAGCUCCAAGCUUUAAAGAUAUAGACUCAGAAGCUAAAUAAAGAAAGAAAGGAAGAAAGAGAAGGUUAUAGACAGUGAGAGAGAAAGGAGGACUCAAUGUGCACGCCAUUACAGAAGAGAGAAAGCAACAGUUGAAAGUCUGCAAAUGGCAAGUUAGGGUUUUUGAAAUUCACAAAUUUCUCUCCUCUCCUUCUUCUACUCUUCACUGAGUUCCACACUGCUGCUUAGACUACAGAUUAUUAAAAGCUAGCUACUUUCUUCACUCACCGGUUAUAAAGCUAAAAAGAAAAUGUUGGAGUACGAAUGGGGAAAUCCAUCAACAAUUAUGCUUACAGGCGAGGAACAAAGUCAAGACCCAGACCAGAACCGUCAAAUUUUCGAUCAUUACACUGCUCAAUCCUUCAAUGAUAAUCUCCUUGCCCAACCUGCUGCUUCCUUAUUCCACCAUCCAAACCCACAUCAAGUCAACUCUCUUUAUGACCCACGCGCCUCCUCUUACACAGCCCCCCACCAUCCUUCUCUCCUUUCCCUAGACCCUAUCCCAACUCAUACUGCACCCUGUCCUUCUUAUUUUCUUGUCCCAAAGACCGAACAAGUUACUCGACCUCAAGAUUAUACCUCAAGAAUUGGACUCAAUUUAGGUGGUAGGACCUACUUCUCUUCUGCUGAGGAUGAUUUUGUGAACCGCCUUUAUCGCCGAUCCAGGCCUGUCGAAUCGGGUUCUUCCAACGCACCUAGGUGUCAAGCUGAAGGGUGCAAUGCUGAUCUUACCCAUGCUAAGCACUAUCAUAGACGCCACAAGGUCUGCGAGUUUCACUCUAAAGCUUCGACUGUUAUCGCGGCUGGGUUGACUCAGCGAUUCUGCCAGCAGUGUAGCAGAUUUCAUCUUCUUUCAGAAUUUGACAACGGAAAGCGCAGUUGCCGAAAGAGGUUAGCUGAUCACAAUCGCCGCCGGCGAAAAUCACACCAGAUUAAUCAUGACGCCAACAAGUCACAUCCUGAAACUGCAACCAACUCUUCUUCUGAAAAUCUCCCAAGGUCCCCACAGGACUCCGGGACUCAUAACUCCUCCUCGUCAGUGACAGUGGCAGUAUCACCGCCACGAAUGUUUUUGGAUUGUUUCAGGCAAAGACCAUAUCAAGCAACAGCAUCUUCUUCUUCAGCAUCAUCGAGCUCACUGUUUUUCUCAAGUGGGUAAUGUCACUGAAAGAAAAAAAAAAAAAAAAAGAUCAAGAAACCGCAUUUAAUUAGCAGUAACAUAGUGUUACGUCUAAUUUUCUUUUACUUCUUCGGUUACUCUUUUUUUUUUCUUUCCCCUUCUUAUAUUUCAAUGUUUACUCUUGAAAUUGAUGUUUAUAACAUCAAAUGGAUUAUCAACUAAUAUAAUUAUAUAUAAAUAUAUAUUUUUUUACCCUGCUUGGAAAGAAGUUAGUAUGCAAAUUAUUGAGUUUAAUUUGUAUUUUAUUAUUUUGAUAAUGAUUACAGUACAGCAAGGUUUAUGAUAUACAACAUUGAAAAUAAAAUAGAAAAAGAAUUUGGAGUUUUCCAAAGGAAGUGACUGUUGGGGUUCAGAGAUAGGUGUGAUAAGCACGGGAGUGCAGGAUUACUAUCAUUUAGAGCAAUAUUGCAUUA